AUGGCGACCUCAACAAGCACACGCGAGAGGAAGCCUUCCACUUCGGCGCCAAUCAGUGAGGUGGGACAUGUUGGGCCGAGUGGUAUGACCAGGCCUAAGCAUAAGAGAACUGUCACUGGCUUUGGACCUCAGGAGAUCAAGAGUGUCGAGGCUAGCAUACCUGAGGGACAGCGGGAGGCAUGGAGGAAGUUCUCCGCCAAGGAGUUCACCACCAAAGACCAAUUUGAGACCGAGGUCGUCAAGCACAUCGAGACCACCCUUGCUCGCUCCCUGUUCAAUUGUGAUGAAGCAGCUGCUUAUGCCGGUACCGCUCUCGCCUUUCGUGACCGUCUGGUUAUUGAGUGGAACAAGACACAGCAGAGGCAGACGUUCGCGGACCAGAAGCGUGUCUACUACCUUUCUCUCGAAUUUCUGAUGGGCAGAGCUUUGGACAAUGCUAUGCUCAACGUCCAGCAGAAGGACGUAGCAAUAGCUGGUCUGGAAGAUCUUGGCUUCCGCAUGGAAGACGUGAUCUCGCAAGAGCGUGAUGCGGCCCUUGGUAAUGGUGGUCUCGGACGUCUAGCAGCCUGUUUCUUGGACUCGCUCGCCACUCUCAACUAUCCUGCUUGGGGUUAUGCUCUACGAUACCGCUACGGUAUCUUCAGGCAAGAGAUUGUCGAUGGAUACCAGGUCGAAGUGCCAGACUACUGGCUCGACUUCAACCCAUGGGAGUUCCCUCGCCAUGAUGUUACGGUCGACAUUCAGUUCUAUGGCAAUGUCAGAAAGUACAUGGAUGACGCCGGGAAGCAGAUGAGUGUCUGGGAGAACGGCGAGAUCGUCACAGCUGUGGCCUACGAUGCGCCCAUACCUGGUUACGGCACCAAGACUACAAACAAUCUUCGUCUAUGGUCCAGCAAGGCCUCGCAUGGCGAAUUUGACUUCACAAAAUUCAACUCUGGCGAGUACGAGGCUUCUGUUGCAGACCAGCAGCGCGCCGAGACGAUCUCCGCCGUGCUAUACCCUAACGACAGUCUGGAGCGCGGUAAGGAGCUUCGUCUCAAGCAGCAGUACUUCUGGUGUGCUGCCUCUCUCUACGAUAUUGUCCGACGCUUCAAGAAGUCCAGGAAGGCGUGGAAGGACUUCCCAAAUCAAGUUGCUAUCCAAUUGAACGACACCCAUCCCACACUUGCCAUCCCUGAGCUGAUGCGUAUCUUGAUCGACAACGAGUCUCUUGAGUGGGAUGAGGCGUGGAGCAUCGUCCAGGCGACCUUCGGCUAUACCAACCACACCGUCCUUCCUGAAGCGCUCGAGAAGUGGUCUGUACCACUCAUUCAGCACCUCCUGCCUCGCCACCUCCAGAUCAUCUACGACAUCAACUUGCAAUUCUUGCAGUACGUCGAGCGUAACUUCCCAAAAGAACGAGACAUCCUCGGCCGUGUCUCCAUCAUCGAGGAAUCACAGCCAAAGAUGGUCCGCAUGGCAUAUCUCGCCGUGAUUGGCAGCCACAAGGUCAACGGUGUCGCUGAGCUGCACUCCGAUCUGAUCAAGACGACCAUCUUCAAGGACUUUGUCAAGAUUUACGGUCCGGACAAAUUCACAAAUGUCACCAACGGCAUCACUCCUCGUCGCUGGCUGCACCAGGCCAACCCUCGUCUUUCCGAGCUCAUUGCUACCAAGCUUGGCGGAUACGACUUCCUGAAGGAUCUGAACCUCCUUCAUAAGCUUGAGGCGUUCGUCGAUGAUAAGGAGUUCAGGAAGGAAUUCCAGGAGAUCAAGUAUGCUAACAAAGUCCGCCUCGCUAAAUACACGAAGGAGGUGCAUGGCAUCUCCGUCAACCCGAGCAGUCUUUUCGAUAUUCAAGUGAAGCGUAUGCAUGAGUACAAGCGCCAGCAACUCAACAUCUUCGGCGUGAUCUACAGGUACCUGGAGCUCAAGGCAAUGUCACCGGCCGACCGCGCCAAGGUCCAACCACGUGUGUCAUUCUUCGGUGGAAAAGCUGCACCCGGCUACUGGAUGGCGAAGAUGGUAAUUCAUCUUGUGAACCAGGUUGGAAAGGUCGUGAAUAAUGACAAGGACAUCGGGGACCUGCUCAAGGUUGUGUUCUUAGAAGACUACAACGUCUCCAAGGCCGAGAUGAUUGUGCCCGCUAGCGAUAUCAGCGAGCACAUCUCCACGGCUGGAACAGAGGCGUCUGGGACGAGCAAUAUGAAGUUCGUGCUCAAUGGUGGCCUUUUGAUCGGCACUUGCGAUGGCGCCAACAUCGAGAUCACCCGCGAAGUAGGCGAAGACAACAUCUUCCUCUUCGGCAACCUCUCCGAAGACGUCGAAGACCUCCGCCACCAACACUUCUACGGCGAGUACGAGCUCGAGCCCAUGCUCAAGAAGGUUUUCGACUCCAUUCGCUCCGGCACUUUCGGCGACGCUCACCAAUUCUCUGCCCUUGUUGACUCGAUUGUGGACCACGGCGAUUACUACCUUGUCUCUGACGACUUCAAGUCGUACAUCGAUACGCAGAAGUUGAUUGAUGAGACGUACAAGGAUCAGGAGACGUGGUUGACUAAGACUAUUACGUCGGUGGCGAGGAUGGGCUUCUUCAGCUCGGAUAGGUGUAUUGAUGAGUAUGCGGAGAUGAUCUGGAAUAUUGAGCCUCUGCCACCACAGCAGAACGGUGCUUAG